AUGCUACAGCCAGGGGGGCAGCCGGGGGUGACCGGAGCACCCCGGGGAGUGCUACAGCCAGGGGGGCAGCCGGGGGUGACAGGAGCACAUCAGGGAGCGCUACAGCCAGGGGAGCAGCUGGGGGCGAUUGGAGCACCCCAGAGAGAGCAGCAGCCAGGGGGGCAGCCGGGGGUGACCGGAGCACCCCUGGGAGUGCUACAGCCAGGGGGGCGGCCGGGGGUGACCGGAGCACCCCGGGGAGUGCUACGGCCAGGGGGGCAACCGGGGGUGACCGGAGCACCCCUGGGAGUGCUACAGCCAGGGGAGCAGCUGGGGGUGACCGGAGCACCCCUGGGAGUGCUACAGCCAGGGGGGCAGCCGGGGGUGAUCGGAGCACCCCUGGGAGUGCUACAGCCAGGGGGGGCAGCCGGGGGUGACCGGAGCACCCCUGGGAGUGCUACAGCCAGGGGGGCAGCCGGGGGUGAUCGGAGCACCCCUGGGAGUGCUACAGCCAUGGGGGCAGCCGGGGGUGACAGGAGCACACCAGGGAGCGCUACAGCCAAGGGAGCAGCUGGGGGCGAUCGGAGCACCCCAGAGAGAGCAGCAGCCAGGGGGGCAGCCGGGGGUGACUGGAGCACCCCUGGGAGUGCAACAGCCAGGGGGGCAGCCGGGGGUGACCGGAGCACCCCUGGGAGUGCUACAGCCAGGGGGGCAGCCGGGGGGGGGCAGCCAGGGGUGACCGGAGUACCCCUGGGAGUGCUACAGCCAGGGGAGCAGCUGGGGGUGACCGGAGCACCCCUGGGAGUGCUACAGCCAGGGGGGCAGCCGGGGGUGACCGGAGCACCCCAAGAAUUGCUACUGCCAAGGGGGCAGCCGGGGUUGAUCGGAGCACCCCUGGGAGUGCUACAGCCAGGGGGGCAGUCGGGGGUGACAGGAGCACCCCAAGGAGCGCUACAGCCAGGGGAGCAGCUGGGGGCGAUUGGAGCACCCCAGAGAGAGCAGCAGCCAGGGGGGCAGCCGGGGGUGACCGGAGCACCCCUGGGAGUGCUACAGCCAGGGGGGCAGCCGGGGGUGACUGGAGCACCCCAGGGAGUGCUACAGCCAGGGGGGCAGCCGGGGGCGACCGGAGCACCCCUGGGAGUGCUACAGCCAGGGGGGCAGCCGGGGGUGACCGGAGCACCCCAGAUAGAGCAGCAGCCAGGGGGGCAGUCAUUGGACGACCGGGAGCAGCAGUUGGAGGAGUGGUGCCGACUUUUGGAGUUUGAUACCCCCAUGGCGACUGCGGAGGAGUCGGAGGCGGACAAAGAACCUCCCAUGCAGCCUUCCACAUGCCCUCGUUUUCCGUGUGACACGUGUUUUCACACGUUCGCUACGCGAGGGGCUGCUGCGAACCACAUGAGGGUAUGCCGGGCGGCUGAGGCGGAGAGGCGCGCGCAGGCACUUGGCUCGACCCCGUCACUGGUGGAGACCGACACGCAGGAGCGACCGACGCCGCGGGAAUUUGGGGACGAGGCGUGGGCCGGGGUUACGUCUUGGAAAUGGGAAGCAUUUUUCAGUGUGGAGGCGGUUGGAGGGAGGACAGUGCGCCGGAUCCCACAACGGGCUCGGUCGGGGGUCUUAGACGCGCUCUGUUGCGUCUUAAAGCGUUUGAAGAGCCGGCCGGGGGAUGAAGCCGCUACCCUCCUACUCUUGGCUUUUCCGCGCCUCAUCCUAGCCGUGCCUCCCAAGCCAGGCAUAGGACAGAAGGCGCUGAUCAUAGAGCGGUUGGGGGCGUUUUGGGAGGGGAGGUGGCGGGAGUUGUUCGACUCCGCCAUGGUGGCGGCGCGGCCAGCAGUACGCCCACUUGCCUACACUUGCUCUGACCAGGACCUUGAUGCCAUCCGCCUGUCACGGUGCCAAUCUCGGUGUAAAGUGGGAGAGUGGAGCCGCGAAUUGGCUUGCCUUACGACAGGGGAGUUGGCCCGGCCGUCUGAGGCCAUGGUGCAGUCGCUGCGAGAGAAGCACCCUGCUGGCACUAGCGAGGUACCACAGUGGGUCCGUGAUUUCACCGUCGAUGCUCCUCAGCGGCCUCCACUCACGGCCGACAUCCUGGCCAGAACUAUCCAUACAGCCGCUCGCGCUUCAGCAGCAGGGCCAUCGGGGUGGGUCACGGAGCAUCUGCGCGACACCUUCCUCACUGAACCUUCCUGCCUUUCCCACCUGUUGGAGGUGUUCAACCAAUGGGUGGCGGGACAGCAGCAGGUGAUGGAGUCGGUGACUAGAGAGUUCAGGGACCUACUUUUCCUGAGCUACGCAGACGAUACCUAUAUCCUGGGACCGGCGGCUAGGAUUCUAGAGGCGUUUGGGGUGCUGCGGGAGCGGUUGGAAUGGGUGGGGCUGGAGGUGCAGGCGCACAAGUGCCGGUUUUGGGAGCGCGAGGGCGGGGAUGUGGAGCGGGCACUGCCAUUGGGGAUGCAGCGGGUGGAGGAGGGUCUCACUGUGGUGGGCGUGCCUAUUGGGGAGGAGGGUUGGGAGGCCGCGCGUGAUAUUGCACAGUUGGGGGUGGCGGGCGAGGAGGCGAUGUUUGCGGAGUACCUCACCACUUCGGCAGGGGCGGAGUUUCUUGACCCGUGGUUUGCCAAGGCUCUUGAGCAGCUGCCUGCGACUAUACGCCAGGAGAUGCCGGGCUUACCUCUGUGCGUAGCGGCCCCUCCUCUUCGGCUUUUCCAGGCGCGGCAGCGGUUGUUUGCGGGCCCGGGGGCUGGUGCAUGGGUUUCGGCGGUUCCGGCUCACUCAGAUCUCACAUUCACUGCGGCGGAGUGGGGCAUUGCUGCUGCUAUACGGCUCGGGCUCCCAAUUCAGCAGCUGCAGGUGACGGGGAGGUGUGUUUGUGGCACAGCAUAUGUUGACCCAGCAGACCCGCAUCAUGCCCUGAGAUGCAAGCACCAGCAUGGUCCAUCUCGGGUACAUGAUGAGGUGAAGUUUGCGGUGGCGAAGAUCUCUAAGGCGUCUGGGGGGGUGGUGACAAUGGAGGAUAGUGUGGUGCUGCAGGGGAAGCGGGUUGAUGUGGCGGUGCGACGACCAAUGGCUGGAGAGGCUCAUGCCCUGGAGAUCAGCGUCGCGGACCCGCUAUCGCUGUCUCCAUCUUUGCUAGGACAGUGCGGGCGUCAAAUAGGCGUGGCGGCAAGAGAAUGGGAGCGUCGUAAAACGAGCGAUUACGCGCCUCUGCUUGCACGCAACCGGGGCGUGCAGUUCACUCCUCUGAUAGUGGAGACGUGGGGGUGUCUCGGCGGUCGCUUUCGGAGGUGGCUUCGUCAGCAGGGAGAUGCGCACGUGGGGCUAGCUGUGUCGCGGGGGGCUUGUCGGGAGGACGACACUGUGUUUUCGGCUUAUCUUCUAGGGUCACUGAAGGCGCUCAUCGUGGUGGCGUUGCAACGUGCGCAAGCCCGUGUCAUCCUGCUUCGAGCGGCGUCUUCUAUGGGGGGGAUUAACAUUGCGUCAGCGUCAGCAUCAUGCUCACGAACGAUAGCAUCCGCAGUAGCUGCAGAACCCGCCCCCGCCUCCUCACCAACCGCUUAUCCUUCCAAAUUCGUCUCACGUAACUCGACCCUGCUCCCUAGCACGGCUCCCCUGUCACAAGCACGUGUCACGUCGCUACCUUCCUCAUCUCUGGUUGACGCCCUGUGCUCCGCUCUGGCCAGUGCACGCAGCCCACAAGGCAUGGCGCAAGGCAGAGCACAAGGAAACGGAGGGGAAAGGGCGGUGAGGGAGGGUGGAGGGCAGGCAGUGGGUCUGCUGCUGGAGGAGCUCGAGAGACGCGUGCAGACGGGGGUGGGGAGCGGUGUGGAGGGGUUGGGGCUGGUAAGAGUGCGGUUGGAGGAGCAGCAGAGCAGGUCGAGCGUUCCAAGUGAAAGAGGCUUGAUGAGCGGUGUGCCCGUUGCGGUGGGCGCCCAGAUCUCGUUCCUCCGCGCCUUGUGCAACGCCGGCAGGAUGCAUGAGGCCUUGAACUGGCUUGAGAUGCGCCUGGCAGGGCUAGUGGGGGACCGAGAGGCGGUUGAGGACCUUUGGAAGCAGCUACUGCACGCCAUGGCUGCUGCACACCCACAUGCUCCUCCUCCCCCCCCCUCACCACCCACACACUCACCCCGUCAACCUCCCAGCAGUCCAUCUUCCACACUCUCGCCAGAACCCUCACCCACCAGCACCACCACCUCCUCCUCCCCAUCAGCCCAGCACCCCCAUCCCUACCCAUCGUCCCCUUCACCCCCGUCCUCCCCUCCCGCUCCCCCGCCACUCCCCCUUGUGGCCUUGACUGCACGUGUGGUGGCGUUCUCCCGCAUAACCGGUGCUCUCUCUGACGCACUGCAAGCCAUGGGGGACAUGGAAGCAGCUGUGGUGAGGGAGCUGCAAGGGGGACACGGCCGGAUAGGCUCCGGGUGUGGCCUGCUGCUGGAGAGAGCCAGUGCAGUGCGGUUGAAGUCGGUGCGGGUCGGAGCAGGAGGAAAGGAAGGGAUUGGUGGAAUUGAGGAGAGACAUGGGCUUUCUACAGCAGCAGAGGGAGCAGCAGGAGCAGUGGGAGCAGCGGCAGCAAGAGUUCCGGAAGAGAGGAGUGCGAGGUCGAGUGACAGGAGAGGGAGGGGCAUGUGGGAAGCACGAGGCACAUGGGGGUGCAACAGGGAGGGUGCAUGGGAUGGAAAGCAGCUGCUGGCGCUUAUAUCCCAGCAUGAGGGGCAUGAGACAGAGGGCGUUGCUGCUGAGUCGCGUGGGGAGUCAGAGGGAGCGGCGCUGGGUGGAGCUGGGGAAGGGAGUGGCGAGGAAGCAAGAGGGGUUUCCAUGAAUCGGGACAUGGGAUUGGGUUUAGGGAUGGGCCGGGGAAUGGAGUUGCAGGGUGCGAAGGAGGGGCGGGAGUGGGAGGCGGUGGAGAUGGGUUUGCGGGUGGGCUGGAAUGCCAUCCUUAAUGCGGCUGCCAAGCAUGGCCGAUGGGACUUGGCUCUGGCUAUGCUGCAACGGAUGGUGCAGUGGGGAGUGCGUCCAGAUGACUACACCAUCAACGCUCUCACCCGCGCUGCCUUCGCUUCCCACCGACCCACCCUCGCACAGGCCAUAGUAACAGCAGCAGCAGUAGCUACUUCAACCGCGUCUGGAGAGCAUGCAACGCGCCUGCGGUUCGCAGGGAACGCUCUCAUCCGCGCGUGCAGCAAGGAGGGCCGGUUCGACAAUGCCUUGCAGGUGUUUAAAGCCAUGCUGGCUGACCAAGUACCUGUUGACACCUGCACUCUGCAGGCCCUGCUGCUGCUUGCUGCCGGCCCCACCACGCCCACUAGGUGGGGCAUCAAAGGGAGUGGUUCCGGUGGAGGAAUGGGAGGUGGAGGGGACCUGGUGGGGGAUUGGAUGGGAAUGGGGGACGGUUGGGGAGGGAAUGAGAUGGGGCUGCGCGGGGUGAGGGGAAGAAGGGGUGGGGAAGGUUGGGGAGAUGGUGAAGGGGGUGCAGGGGAAUUGGAAGGUGAAGCUGGCAUGGGGCGGUGGAAGAGCGGGGAUCAUGAUCACGAGGAUAUGGAUGGAGAGACUGGAGUAUCUGCGGUCGGAUGGAGAGAUGAUGAUGCUGGUGCGGUGGACGAGGAGGGAGAGGGGGGGGGGACGAGGCAGAGGGAGGUGUGGCAGCGAGUGGCAGCAGUGGAGGCGGCAAUGGGUGCUGCUGGUGUCAGGCACUCUGCUGCAUCCUUCUGCACACUCUCCCUCAAUCACCGGAUUCUUCUCCCUCCCUCUUGCCUCUUCUUUCCCUUCCAACCUGCCUGGCAGGUGCGAGUGUUGGGCGGGGCGGGGCUGUGCAGGGCGAUGCAGCAGCACGUGCAGUGGGGGCUGUCCACGCCUGAUGCUGCUGGCCGCCCGCUCACCGACACGCUCACUCUCAACACCGCCAUUGCUGCCGCCGCCAGGCUCGGCCAGGUGCACGCAGCAAGGCAGCUGUUUGCUCUCACAGAGCAGCACCCGCACCUCACACCCACCACCGUCACAUUCAAUGCUCUCCUCAACGCCCUUGCUGUCGCUGCUGCGCACACAGGGGCAGGCAGUGCGAGUGCAAGGGGGAGCAGGAGGGGCGGAGACGUGCUGGUGGAGAGGGAUGGCCGGUGGCGGGGAGGAGGGGAGUGGGAGGGCGAGGGUGGUGAGACGGACUGUGUGGCUGAGGUGUGCGACGUGAUUGAAGAGAUGGAGGAGAGGGGGAUUGAGCCGGAUACCAUCACGUUUAACACUGCCAUCAAGGCGGCAUGCAGUGUGCAGGACUACAAGGCAGCGCAUCGCUUCCUAGCACGCAUGGAGCAGCACCCUCACCUCACCCCCGACCAGACCUCUUACAGCACCGCUGUCGCGUUUGCUGCCUUCCAGGGCAACAUCUUUCACAUGGAGCUCUUCCUGGCGCGGCUGCUACGGCAGCGUGUGCCGCUCUCCUUCUCCGCGCUUGCCUCAGUCGUAGAGGCAUACGCCCAUGCCAUUCCCCGCAGAAUCAACCAAGUCACACCUGCCACUUUAGCUCUAGCCGAGCAUUCACAGCAGGUGCAGUGGGAGCAAGGGGGCAGACUUGAGGGAGGCCAGGGGGAGAGCAAGGCGAUUGAGAAGGCAGAGGUGAAGAGGCGGGGGAGAGGGUCGGCAGUAGUGUCUGGGGGGGAGGAGAAAGGAGGGGUUGCUGUGAGGAGUGAGGAGGGACGGUUGAUGGAGUUUGCACGGCAGCUGGCAGCAGAGGUGGAGACGAGUGGGGAGUGCGAGGAGGAAGGUGGUGGAGCCGCGAGGAGGGAGAGUGUGGUGGGAUGGAGGGCUCGGAUUGAGGAGCAAUUACAACAGUGGGAACGCGCUCUGGAAUAG